UGAGUGCUGGCGGGUUUCGCAGAGACCCCGAGCCGACGCGGCGGGCGCCGGGCUGCGGGAUCGCCGCCGCCUGUAGCCAUGACCCUAGCAGUCUGACCCUCUGUCUCAGCCCGGGGCGUCUGAUAUCCCAACGGGUCGCGGGCAGCGGCGGGGAGCGGCAGCCGCUGCUCCCCGCGUCACCCUUGGCGCCUUAUCGCACUCCCUUGCCCCGAGCUGCGAGCAGCGCGCCCCGGUGCAAACUGGGGGUGUCGGCCGGAUCCGUCCCCGCCGCCGCAGCCCCGGGCUCUGGCCAUGGCCUGGCGGGGCACCGGGCCGAGCGUCCCGGGGGCACCCGGAGGCGUCGGGCUCCGUCUGGGGCCGCUGGUGCUGCGGUUGCUGCUGCUCCUCGGGCCGGCUCGGGGCUUCGGAGACGAGGAGGAGCGGCGGUGCGACCCCAUCCGCAUCUCCAUGUGCCAGAACCUCGGCUACAACGUGACCAAGAUGCCCAACCUGGUGGGGCACGAGCUGCAGACGGACGCUGAGCUGCAGCUGACCACGUUCACGCCUCUCAUCCAGUACGGCUGCUCCAGCCAGCUGCAGUUCUUCCUUUGUUCGGUGUACGUGCCAAUGUGUACAGAGAAGAUCAACAUCCCCAUUGGCCCAUGUGGUGGCAUGUGUCUUUCAGUCAAGAGACGCUGUGAACCCGUCCUGAAAGAAUUUGGGUUUGCCUGGCCCGAGAGCCUGAACUGCAGCAAAUUCCCACCACAGAAUGACCACAAUCACAUGUGCAUGGAAGGGCCAGGUGAUGAAGAGGUACCCUUACCUCACAAGACCUCCAUCCAGCCUGGGGAAGAGUGUCACUCUGUGGGAACCAAUUCUGAUCAGUACAUCUGGGUGAAAAGGAGUCUAAACUGCGUUCUCAAGUGUGGCUAUGAUGCUGGCUUAUACAGCCGAUCUGCUAAAGAAUUCACCGACAUAUGGAUGGCGGUGUGGGCCAGCCUAUGCUUCAUCUCCACCGCCUUCACUGUGCUGACCUUCCUGAUUGAUUCUUCCAGGUUUUCUUACCCUGAACGCCCCAUCAUAUUCCUCAGUAUGUGCUAUAAUAUUUAUAGCAUUGCUUAUAUUGUCAGGCUGACUGUAGGCCGGGAAAGGAUAUCCUGCGAUUUUGAAGAGGCAGCAGAACCCAUUCUCAUCCAAGAAGGACUUAAGAACACAGGAUGUGCAAUAAUUUUCUUGUUGAUGUACUUUUUUGGAAUGGCCAGCUCCAUUUGGUGGGUUAUCCUGACACUCACUUGGUUUCUGGCAGCAGGACUCAAAUGGGGUCAUGAAGCCAUUGAAAUGCAUAGCUCUUAUUUCCACAUUGCGGCCUGGGCCAUCCCUGCUGUGAAAACCAUCGUCAUCCUGAUUAUGAGACUGGUGGAUGCAGAUGAACUGACUGGCCUGUGCUAUGUUGGGAACCAGAACCUUGAUGCCCUCACCGGCUUUGUAGUGGCUCCCCUCUUUACUUACUUGGUGAUCGGAACCUUGUUCAUUGCUGCAGGCUUGGUGGCCUUAUUCAAAAUCCGGUCUAAUCUUCAGAAGGAUGGGACAAAGACAGACAAGCUAGAGAGGCUGAUGGUGAAGAUCGGAGUCUUCUCAGUGCUGUACACAGUUCCUGCAACCUGUGUGAUUGCUUGCUAUUUCUAUGAAAUCUCCAACUGGGCGCUCUUUCGGUAUUCUGCAGAUGACUCUAAUAUGGCCGUGGAAAUGUUGAAAAUCUUUAUGUCUUUGCUUGUGGGCAUCACUUCAGGCAUGUGGAUUUGGUCUGCCAAAACUCUUCACACCUGGCAGAAAUGUUCCAACAGAUUGGUGAAUUCUGGGAAGGUAAAAAGAGAGAAGAGAGGGAAUGGUUGGGUAAAGCCUGGGAAAGGCAAUGAAACUGUGGUGUAAAGCUAGCUAAUCUCCACAUGUUCCUCAUUUUGAAGGAAGGAACACCAGCAGUUCUUUGGUAAUGCUACUAAACCUUGUAUGCAGAGAUUUUCAAUAUGAACAAACUAGCAACACUUAAACAAUCCCCCCCACACACACCCAACUUCCCACCCCUCAUUCUCAUCCCAGCAUCAUAAAACCAAUGAUUUUGCUGCAGACUUUGGAAUGAUCCACAAUGGAAAGAAAAGCCAGUUAAGGGCUUUCAAAGCUGUGAAAAAUCAAAAUGAUCACUUUAGCAGGUCGCAGCUUGGAGUGUGGAGAUCCUGUCUCCACUCCAGGAAACCCAGGGCGAUACUGUUUUUUCCUACAUGGUGGGAUCUGUUUUGUGAAUUGAUAACUUACAGGAGAGAAAGAUUCUUUUUCUUUUUUUUUAGGCCCUUUAAAUUUUUAAAUACUAACUAGGUCUUGCAGUUAACAAAGUGAUCUGUAAACACUGGAAAUGCUGGGUUUGGAGAAGUGUUAUAAGAGUUUUAUAGUUUGGCUGAUCUAACAUAAACAUCUUCUGUGGUACACUGUCUGCUGUUUUGAACUUCACGGAUUGCACUCCCAAGAGGUGGUGUCAAAAUCUUUCAGUGACUUUGUCAUAAAACAGAAUUGUUUGGACAAACAAAAGUACUGUGCUAAUGCACAGAAAGUAUCCAGUGGGGUUUUCUUCUCUUUCCUCCUCUCUUAAAAUUUAACAUCCCUGUUCUAGGCAGCUGCUGUUUUCUUGAUUUUUACACUAAUGAUUUUUUUUAAAAAAAGGUAUUUUUAUAGGAAUUUUUGCACUACAGCAUGCCUAAUGAGGGGAAAAGGAAAGGUGAUUUGCUUUCUGACAAUCACUUAAUUCAGAGGAAAAUGAGAUUUACUUAAGUUGACUUACCUUACCCACCCCAGAGACCUAUUGCAUUAAGCAAUAGGGGGACUUAAUAUAUUUUUCUUUGUGUGAUUGCAUCUACACAGACGCCAGUCUGGAAGAGCUGAAAUGUUAAAUUUCUUGGCAACUUUGCAUUUGCACAGAUUAACUGUGUAAUUUGUGUGUGUCAAUUACAAUUAAAAGCACAUUCUUGGACCAUGACACAGUAUACUCAACUGACUUUCAAACUAUGGUCAGCUUGCAUUCUUAGAAUGAUAGUGCCUUUUUUCCCUCAGAGCAUAAGAAUGUUAUCAGAGUCUGGCCUGCUUACCACAAUGGAGACUUAUUCAAUUAUGUAAAGGGGACUAAGGACAGUUAAUCCAACUACUUGGUGUAUGAUUGUUUCCUAGUAAUUGGCAAAGGCUCCUUAGAAGAUUUCAUUGGAAGCAGUGUGGCCUGGAGUAUUUAUAUGGUGCUUAAUGACUCUCCAGAAUGUGGGCCAGGGGCUGGAUUGGUUAGCAGGGAAUAAAUAAAGUGUAGACCAUAUGAAAUGAACUGCAAACUUUAACAGUACAGGUCUUAAUUGCCUUUUGUGGAAGUAUCCAAAGCUUUAAAAAUUUAUGUUUUCAGUCCUCACAAGGGGGUACCUCCUAGCAGUCUACUGAAAGUUGCAGUUCUUUUGAAAUUGUAACUGGUCUUUCUCUGAACCCACUGUAGGCCUUCUGAUCACUAGAUCUCUGGGACAAAAUGUCCAUGUCACAGGUUGCUUUCCUUGUAAUUUAGACCUGUCUUUGCUUCAGCAAUUGUACUUCAGUCAUUCAUUAUUUAUUAAUUUAUGCCUUUUUAAAAAAACAGUAGGAAAACUCUUUAUUCUCCCUCCUUUUAUCAUACUUUGUGAAGAAACAUUUGUAGGGAUGCAAAAUUCCAAAUGGAUGAUUCUAUUCUGAAAAUAAGAAUCCUCCUCUGUCCACCUUGGUUGAGCUUUAUGCCCAUGAUCUGCCAGCUUCCUUCCUUCUUCCCUCCUUGUUCUUGCAGGUUAGUGAGUUGCUGAGAUCAAGAUGUAUACAAGUUGUUCAUUAUGUAUUUGGAAAGGACAGUCUUGGGGCUUUUAAGAUAAGAGCUAUGUGGGUCUGGUGGUCCCUAUGGCUUGGUGCAGUCUGAGUACCUAGGCUGAAUUUGGAGCAAGGACUCUGGGAACAUGAGAACUGAUCCCAGGAAGGGCUCAUUGAACUCCAUCUGAGACCACAUAUUGCCUCGGAGAUGUAAAAUGUGAACUCCCUGUGUUGCUUGGACUGUUCCCAUAGCUGGCCCUAGAGCAUGCACCCAGGGGCAGAGCCUGCCCUUCCUCAUUCCCUACUCUGGUAUCUUGGGAAUUGUUCAGAGUUGCUCUGGCCCAGAAAGGGAAAGAGGACCCUGCAGUAAGGGGCUUAUGUUUGUGCCAGAGUAUAUGAUAGGAGAUGGUGCAGGUUUCUUUGUAAUGCUUCAGUGAUUGUGUGACUCAGGCAGCAGUCCGCAGAGGGCUGGGCAAAAGGAGGUAAUCAGUAUCUGUAAAUGAUUAAGGUUAUAAUAAUCAUAACAAUAAAAGAACACAUGAGAAAACCCAAACACCUGAACCCUGAGUUCUAGAGCUGGUAUCUGGCAGCAUUUAGGAGUGUAACCAUCUGCUUCAUCAUUCUUGCCUUCUCAGAGAGAAGGUACAGUUGAGCAGAAGUGGAUGUUGGUACUGAAUGGAUUAGUAGCCUUAGUAAUGCCACAGGGUCAUAGGCUUUUCCUUUCACACUGCAGACAAUGAAGAGUGUUUAUAGUUUCAGGAGGG